AUGAAAGCCGCCCUCUCUCUAUCCGCGCUUCAGCUGCUGGCCAGCCAUGUUGCCGCGCUCCCUGUCAACGAGAAGUCCAUCUCCACUCGCGACCUGAACGACAGGGACUUUCCAUGGCACAUCGGUGUCCCCAAAUACCGCUCUCCAGCUGCUAAGCGCCAGAGCAGCCUUCCCUCCACAUGGGACCCCCCUUCUGACCUCGUGAAGCCCCUCCAGGAAGUCUGGGACCACGAAAUGGACACCUACAGCGAGCCACUCACCUUCAAAAACUAUGGCUUCGAUCAGGUCAUUGCCGGUGAAGGAAAAAUCAACUACUGUGUCCGCUGGGACUCCUCCCAGUCCGUUAGCGCUGCUCAGCGUGAACAGAUCGCCAAGACCGCCAGCGCCCACUACAACAAGUGGAUUGCCGGUCUUGCUGGAUUCGACGGCUGGCCUUAUGAAAGUGUUGAAGUUAAUGUCGUCGGAUGGGCUGUGACGGACAAGUCUCUGCUCGAGGGCGAUACUUCGGGUCUUGACAUCUACACUGACACCGACGCCGACGGCAAGCCUCAAUGUGCCGAGUCCUGUGGCCGCUUCUUCCACACCGACGGCGACUACAGCGGCUGCGAGGCUGGUGCUGAUCGUCACUAUGACCAGAGCCUGUGGCUCACCGAAGGCCUCGAGGGCGGUUUCGGCGGCGACUGGGGCCAGCAGGUCGGCUCGGAGUACUUCCUCCAGAACCUCGACUCGGACAGCAUCCACAUCUUCCUCCACGAGCUCGGUCACACCUUCGCUCUGGAUGACUUCUACGAUUGGACCCCCACUGGCAUCGACAGCUUCAUCAUGCUGGCAGGAAGUUCCAUGGAAAUCACCGAAUUCGACUUCUGGAUGCUCCGCGACUGGUGGCGAAACCUGAAGGACCGCUACGACAUUUACGGCACCGACUCCUCGGGCUCUGCAUCCAGCACUGCUGGUCCUACCUCUGCUCUGUACACUCUCGCACCAACCCCGUCUACCCCUGUUAUUCCUACCGGUGGACCCAUUGGCGGCGGCCCCAGCGGUGUCCCGACCCCAACUGGCGCGUUCCCGACGUUUACCCCUCCGACUGGCACUAUCCCUACUGAGGCGCCCGGCGCUGGUCCCUCUGGGCCGUGGGGUGGAAAUGGCGGCUGGGGAGGAAACGGUGGCUGGGGAGGAAACGGCGGUUGGGGGGAGGGUUCUGACAAUGAGGAGGGUGGCUCCUGGUGGGGUUCUUUGUUCGGUGGAAACUAG